GUUACAAUUUAUCCCCAUUACGAAACGUUUCAAUUGAUGAAAUUUAAAAACAAAAAAACAAAAAUACUUUUCAUCCCUCUGGAAAGUAUUUCGAUAUAAUUUCCAUUUUUUUUUUAAUUCUCCAUGGAAAAAUAAACAUCCACUCGUUUACUAACUUUGAUUUCAAAAUGAAACUAAAAAUAAUCAUGUUGUGUCUGCUGCCUUGUGUUUUGUCCUUUGAUAAUAAAUUAGAUUCACCGUCAAAGAGAUUUUUGGCCUCGCUCUCCGCAUCUGAUAGAGAGGACUAUUUGAUAUUUGCUCUUGCAAAAGGAUACUCGACGUUCAAUUCCAAUAAUCGCAAUAAAACUGUCAGAAAUUUGAUUUCCAGAAGUUUAAAGAAUUAUCCGGAAACUAUUAAUAAAUUCGAGGAACUGCAGACACCUGAAAAUUUCGAAAAUAAUUUCUACGCUUAUGCAAAAAAGGAUUAUUCACUUUCCCAACAGAAUGUUAAAACCCUCAUUGACUCUCGAAGAAUUUGCUUCAACCGAAAAAGAUGCAUAAGCAUUGAUGAUAUCGGAAAUAUGUGUUGUCCCUUUUGACAAAUUAGUAUUAAAAAGUAUUUUUUAGAAUAAUUGUUUUCUAAGUGACUAUAUUUAAUAAUAUUAUGCUAUUAAUUUUAGUACUUAUAAUAAUAUUAUUUUAUAAUUAGAUAAUAAAAAUUUAUAAAAAAUUGUGAAAAAAUGA